AUGUCUUUCGACGUGGCGGAUGCCUCGCGCGAGGUUGACCUCUCGAAGCUCAUCAGCUUCUCCAUGUCCUUUGAGCCCCUGCAGCUGCUCUUCCAGACGAUCAUCAAGCGCACCGCGCAGGCGGAGGCGGACAACGAACGACAGGACGACGAGAUCAGUCAGCUGCGGAAGGCCGUAGAGGAUCUGCAGAGGCGGGAUGCGGAGCGCGAGGCCCAGCAGCAGGAGCUGCUUCGACAGCUGGAAGAGCUCCGUAAUCGGGCAGCUGCGCAGGCGCAGGGCGAGACGAAGGGCGAGAAGCAGGGCGAGACGCAGGGCGAGGCGCAGGGCGAGGCGCCCCCGAUCGACCUUCACUCGCUGUGGGACGAGAUCAACCGCAUAAAGGUUCUCAUGGGCGAAGCCCAUCGAUCGGGUCGCCGCCACACCAUUGAGCAGCUGUACCAGGCCCGUAAGCGGCAUGGCAGCGUCGCCGGCACUUCGGACUUGCAGCGGGCAAAGUCGGCGGCGUCCGUCACGCAGCUGAUGGGGGCGCCGGAGGAGAGUGAGGCGGAGGUGGGCGAGACCAUCUUGGGCCGCGCGAAGGAGCGACUCGUGGUGGUGGAGGAGGAGGCGCUGCUUCCGGAGGAUGCCGCCGCCACGGGCGAGUCGGUGGAGCCGCCGCGUCGCGGCGAAGAGAGGGCGCAGGAGGAGCAGGGGCGCCCAGGGUCCGGGGAAAAACUUCCGACGCCGGCGGGAGAGGAAAAGCAGCAGCGCGAGGAGCAGCGAGUGGCGUCGCGAUUGAGCGAGGGAAAAGGCGCGGGGGGCGACUUGGCCGCGCCCUGGCUCUCGGAGAGUGGGACGGGGCAGCCCUUCCCCGCGCGCGCCGAAUCGCCGUUCGCGGUGGAGAGCUCAGACCCCUUCGCGGGGGGCGGGGUGGACCCUGUGCUUCGCUCCGGCAGCUCCGCGAUGCAGUCAAGGGGGCGGUUGGCGGCGGCCGGCGCCGACGCCUCCAUCUACGCUCGCCUGAAGCAGGACGGCGCCGACAUUGAGCACCUCAACCGGGUCGUGGCGGAGAUUCUGAACGAGAUGAAGGUCAUCCACGCGGACGUCGAUUUAAUGCGGACGGUUAGCGCGGGAGCGGAGGACGCGGCGAAGCCUGCGGCGACCGACCCAAAUGCGGCGCGCGAGCGUGCGGAACUGCGCCGCCGCGUGGAGGCCCUCGAGGACGCCGUAGGUCGUCUGCAGGGGGAGGUCGCCGCAGGUGCGAGGGCAGCCGAGGAUACGCGCCCGGACUCGCUCCCGGACGACGUUAAGGGGUUGAAGGAGCGCAUGCAGGCGCUGGAGCAGGCGUUGGAGCGCCUGAGCAACAAAAUGACCGGCCUGGUCGGAGCCACGUCGACCGCAGGUGGUGGCGACACGGGGGUCAGUCAGGCUCAACUGGGCGUCUUGGGUGCAACCGUGGACACGCUGGAAAAGCAGCUGGCCGACCUGCAGCGGCUGGGUCUGCGCAACUACGACAACGACCUGGAGGCGUUGCGCAGGGAUGUGGCGAAGUUGCAGCGAGACACGGCAGCGCUACAGCAGACGUGUGCAAUUCUGGAUGAAAAGAAGGAGGACAAGGGCGCGCGAGUUCCGUCCCCCGUGGCGCCCGCGGAGAGGGAGGCAGCAGAGGAGGUGCAGCGGCCACCGUCUCCGAUCGUUGCGGUCCCCAGUGACUACGCUGCGGCUAUGGCUGAACUGCGGCGCCGUGCGGAUGAUUUGCAGCGUCGCAUGGCCAGCGCCGAGGCGAAUGUGUUGGAGCUUGACGAGCGGAAGGCCGAUAGGGCGGCGGUGCAGCGGCUGACCGACGACUUGAAGCAUCUGCGGCAGCUGCUGGAGCUCGGGGCGGGGAAGCGGGGGGACGAUGAAGCCGCCAGCUCGGCCGCCGCGCUGCAGGAGGAGUUGAUGCAGCAGCUGCAGCGGCAGAUUGCGGAGCAUGUGCAGAACUUCAACCAGGUGCGGGACGGCACCACGAAUGAAUUGGACGCGCUGCGCGACUACGUGGAGCAGAUCGACCACCGCAAGGCGGAUGCCAUGCUUGUGGCGAACAAGGCUGAACGCGACUACGUGGAGAACGCACUUGAGCGACUGAUGCGGGAGGUGGAGCAGGUUUUGAACGCGACCAACGCCGGCCUCAUUGACACCCUGGACAAGUCCCUCAACGUGCUGCGCGACCUGCUGGAUGGGAAGGCCACGAAGCACGACAUGGACCACCUCCGCCGCCUCGUCAGCGAGGAGCAGAUUGGGGGCGGGGUGCCGGACGCCCUCGCGGGAUUCCGGGGCUUCCGCUGCCUCGGCUGCAACCGCCCCGUAGAGACGAUGCGGCCGCGCGUCAUGGGCAGCCGGCUGCAGCCGUUUGUGAACCGGCUGCCGCAGAACCACCCGGGUGACAACGCCCCCGCCCGCAUCCAGCAGGGAACCCUCGGCGCCACCGACGGCGCAUCCACCGUCCCAGGCGGCAGGUAG